AUGGGGGCAGGAUAUGGGAGUGAAGUAAUCUCGAGUGCAGCGAGGGCAAACAGAGUGGGAAGAACCAGGUUGCAGCAGGCUGAAGUUUCCUUAGAAAAGCAACCAGGAAAGCAGAGAGACGGUGUGUCCAAGAUACACGAGUGUAAAGUCAGAGAAGUGCAGAGACAUGAGAAACUGGUGCUAAACUCUUUAAAAACAAUUCAUGCUUUGCAGGAUGUUAUAACAGUUUCCAAGAAGUACCUUCCUGGUAUGUCACAAGGAUAUUCCAACCCUAAGCUGACACUUCAUGUUGGAGAUGGGUUUGAAUUUAUGAAACAGAACCAGGAUGCAUUUGAUGUCAUCAUCACAGAUUCUUCGGAUCCAGUAGGUCCUGCAGAGAGUCUCUUCAAAGAGUCCUAUUAUCAACUCAUGAAGACUGCCCUCCAUGAGGGAGGUAUUCUGUGUUGUCAAGCGGAGUGUCAGUGGCUUCAUUUAGAACUAAUCAAAGAAAUGAAACAUUUCUGCAAGUCUUUGUUUCCUGCAGUCGACUACGCAUACUGCACAAUACCAACAUAUCCCAGUGGACAGAUUGGCUUCUUACUUUGCAGUAAAAAUCCUGUGAGUAUCCUUAAACUUUCUUUAUUGUGUAAUUGUGUAGUUAUGGAUUUGCCUGCUGCCUGA